GGUCAUCAGGUCCUCCGAAGAUGAGGGGAACCCUGCUGGAUAUAACGAGGGACGAGGAGGUCGGCGGCAUUGGUGCCGGCGGCGUUGAUGUCGGCGGCGAUGAUGGUGCCGGUGGCGACAGCAGUAGUGACGACUCCUUCGACACGGACCACCCUUCCAGCAACAACGGCGCGGCAGCCGGAAGCUCGGCGCGCACGGCGCUUGAUGUACCGGUACUCCCCAUUGUGAUGGACAUGGGUACAACGCCGUCGAGGGCGAAAUCUCCAUCCCCAACACCGCUGCCGUCGGUGGCGUCCUCCGCGACCCAGAGGUCCCUCAAAAGUGAGACCCCGGCCUCCAAGCCCCUAACGGCGUCACCAGAGACCGUCGAGGUUCCGGAGGCCCUGGUUUUGGCUGUGCGUACCGCCAUUGGCAGUGGGGCGAGCAUCAACCCGAAGAAAAUGAUGGACUGGGAAGAGAAUGCCUACCUCGCCAGUCGCGUUUUGGAGGUGAUAGCGGNACCAGAGACCGUCGAGGUUCCGGAGGCCCUGGUUUUGGCUGUGCGUACCGCCAUUGGCAGUGGGGCGAGCAUCAACCCGAAGGAAAUGAUGGACUGGGAAGAGAAUGCCUACCUCGCCAGUCGCGUUUUGGAGGUGAUAGCGGAUGAAGACCGCACGCCAAGGGCCGACGUCACCACCGCCGGCCGAAGGAAGAGCAAGCAUUGCGUCCCCCGGGCGGUGGAGCUGAUGAUCGCCGAGCGCUUCAGGGAGCGCCUUACCGCGAGCAGGACGCAGUUGUCUAGGACGGAGCUCGACAAUAAGGAGUCGGGCAACAAGCGGUCGGUAUACUUUGAGCUAUGGAAGGACUUCAAGGACACGGAGGUGGAGAUCGACCCGAACAUAGUCCAUCAGCCCGACAUUUCGUACGACAAGUUCAUGAACAUGUUGAAAGAGGUGAACAGGGACGAUGGCGACUGCCACCACAACAUGAAGAAGUCUGGGAGUCGCGAAGAAUGGUACUCCUUCUGCCGUGGUAAGGUCUGCUUCUUUUUUUUGUAGUGGCCCUUGUGCAAUAGGUGGUACAGAUAACGGCACGUGUCGGGGGGGUACUCCUAGAGAAAAAGGCAGUGGUUGGUCCACGCGUCGGGAACUUUUGUGUUGAAAUGUAGUUGAAUUAUAUUUCUGUAGCGCGCACCGUGCUAUGCUUGGGACGAUGCUGGAACAAUAGGCCGGACAAUACAAAAUGAGUACUGUUCGGCUCUUCGCCCUUGUUAGUUUUGGGUCAUGUAAUGUGCAAGUGUUCCUCUGUUGGUCGUGAACGCCCGACAAAGUACAGCCCCCCCACCCCCCCCCGGUGUUUACCAUCGGGGUUAGGUUUUCGUCGCUUGGCAACGACGUUGUAAAACAAGCCGCCCCCCCCGCAAUCUAGACUUAAGUGGGUUGGCGCUGUUGGCAAAGCGCUGUAAAACACGCCACCCCAAAUAUAGCCCCCAUAGUAUGUGCUACCAAAGACGCGUGACGCAUGGAUGCGUGGCGUGAGGAUUGCUUACGGAAACCUCACAGGUUGAGUGAUGUAGGAGAUUGCCGAACACAUAGACGUGUUGAGUGAAUAUAGCUGUAUACUGAAACCCCACGGGUUGAGUGAGGUUUGAGAUUGCCAGACACAUGGACGGGUUGAGUGGGGACAGCUGCAUACUGAAACCCCACGGGUUGAGUGAUGUUGGAGUGCCGGACACAGAGACGCGUUGAGUGAGGAUAGACACAUACUAAAACCUCACAGAUGAUUUGUAUUGGAGAUUGCGAGACACCUAGACGUGUUGAGUGAGGAUAGCUGCAUACUGAAACCUCACAGACAGAUGCAUUGUUUGCCAGACACAUAGACGCAUUGAGUAGGGAUAGCUACAUACUGAAACCUCACGAGUUGAGUGAUGUUGGAUAGUGCCGGACAGACGCUUUGAGUGAGGAAAGACACAUACUGAAACCUCACAGGUUGAUUUGUAUUGAAGAUUGCCGGACACAUAGACGUGUUGAGUGAGGAUAGCUGCAUACUGAAACCCCACAGAUGGAUUUGUAUUGGAGUUUGCCAAACAUAGACGCGCUGCGUGGGGAUAGCUAAAUACAUACUGAAACCUCACGAGUUGAGUAAUGUUGGAUAGUGCCAGACACAUAGACGUGUUGAGUGACAAAAGCUGCAUACUGAAACCUCACAGGUUGAUUUGUAUUGGAGAUUGCCGGACACAUAGACGUGUUGAGUGAGGAUAGCUGCAUACUGAAAGCUCACAGAUGGAUUGGUUUUUGAGUUUGCCAGACACAUAGACGCGCUGCGUGGGGAUAGCUACAUACUGA